UGCUUUGACCAUUCCAGCUUGACAUUUUCAACAAACCACCUCCAAAAUCGACCCAAAGCAAGAAAAACAGCUGGACAAAUACUCUCAAGAUGGAUGACGAUAUGCCACGGCGAUUGCAGCCGGAAGCGAUUGCAAGGCGACGCGCACUCGGAACACGUCAAACGACGCUUCGGUCGAAUACAAUCACUGCGCCGUUGCCGAGAGCGCCACCGCGGCCAUCGCCGGUUCCCGCCAUCCAGCAUUCGCAGGCAAUGCUGCGCCAAGCGCGCCAGAGUCCCAUCCCAGCGCACCUACAGCCGUCACCGCGCUCGUCUGGGACGGGAGGAGUGCCCUCGAGCGGUUCAUCGCCCGCAGCGUCGGCAGCUGCCGCUUCGUCUCCGUUGCGAUCUUCGUCCCAAACAAGCGCAAACUCAGCUGCUCACUCCCGCACACCUGCCGCCACAUCGAGUGUUGGCGCUUCUGCUUCUCACAGUCAUGCGGCCAGCGUGAAGAGCAAGCAGCCGUCAACACACACUCCAGCAGUUCGGCGAUCUCAAGUCGAAUCCGACGAUGGUGGUGACGACAAUGACGAAGAUUUGCCGCCAGCCUUACCACCGCGAACGCAGGGCUCGAGCACAUUUGCGAAGCCUCUGCCAGUGGUGAAGCGACCACGAUUGGAAUCGCCAGCCACUGGGGACCCGGACCAGCCGUCCACGUCAAAACCAACACAGCAUUCUGUCUCUGCAACAGCAAGUCGAUCGAGUCGCACCGAGGACACCGCCGCGAGCCGGCAAUCCGCCAAAUCAGCUCCCACCACAAAGGGGCAAAAGCGCCCUGCACCAAGCGAUGAAGAUGUUGCGUCCGGCGAAAGCGAGGACGAGCCUGAAGACGCGCCCAGACGCCGACAAACUGCCAGCUCGCAGCACUCGCAGCGCCGCUCGCAUUCGCGUGUGGAUGCCGAGUCGGCGGAUGAAGAUUGGAAUGAACCACACAAGGACACGUCUCAGAGCGGCAAGUUAGGCUACACGACCGUUCACGCCGAUCGCUAUCUGAUUUAUCUGCGAAGUCCGAACGAAACCGAACGUUCCCAAGCCUCGAUAACCUACCUCGAUGUUAGCUUGCAUGAAAUCGACAAGCUAUUGCAGCAUGCCAUAAAUACGUACGACCGGUCGUCGACACAAGGGCUGACGGCGAAGGCCGCGAUUGCUCGUUUCCGCGACGAAUUCCGAAGCAUCAUGACGGACCAGAUUGCCGUGACCGAGCAGUGCGGUCAAGUGCGUAGCUUGGUGCGUGAUGGAAACAUCUCGCGCAACAAGCGUCGAGAGCAGAUGCUCAAUCUCACCUCGCUCCGAAACGAACAAGAAGGCUUGCUGGCAGACCUGAAAGGUCGAAUGGAAGCUGAAUCAAAGCGCCGAGAUGCCCUCGACGUGUCCAACAUUCUAUUGCGACGGUUGGCAGAGGCUCGCUCAAAUCUUGCAGACCACCGUACCGCCAGUCUCUAACGAUGCAGCCUGCAACUGUGCAACGUUGCUGGCAAUCCUGGACCAGAUUCGGGCGAAUUUCUAACACUUUGUCCGUGUCUGCGACUGCCUCUCGGUCCGGAUUAAAUUUCCGCGAAAGAGCUUUGGCGCUACACUCAACUGCUUUCUGACGUGUCAUGUGCACAAAUGAUCCUUGUAAAUUGUUUGUACUGAAUUGAGUUUCUGACGCUGCUGUUAGAAAAUGUAUGCAUGCAUACAGCCU